GUACACAAAUUCGCGGCUUAUUAGUGGGCGCGUUCAGGUUUGUCGCGUCGCGUCGCUCCGCUCGUUUACUGUAGACGGAGGAGGUGUUGGAUGUGAAACUCUCACUCCUCUCCCCCUCCGACUGUCACCGACAAACAACGUGGGACGGAGGAAUUUGUUAUACUACACCACAGAGACUUUUGCACUGCUUUUUAUACACCGCCGCGUCACAAGUAAAUCUCGCGUUUCGCGGAGCUGGAAAAUAUGUGUAAAGUACUGACAGCGGUCAAAUAAACUUUGCGCUAUCACCCGCGGUUGAGUACUCACAAAUGUCAUGCACUGUUCAAGAGCCUUUGCCUUCCGUGACAUUCAGCGGACUUUAUAACAACCAACAUGAAGCAGACAGGUACACUUAGAACGCGUUGCCUGUCCUAAAGGACUUUUAAACUGGUUGAAGUCGUUGUAAACAUGGAAGAGACAGGCGCUGGGAACGGUACUGGGACGCAGGGCUGUGAACUGGAGCGUUCUGGAGACGGAGGACUGGAUGAGGUGCAGAUGCAUCUCGCCUGCUUACCGGAGCGAUACAUGAGAGCGAAGUUCUCCCUCUCAGCGUACAUAUUUUGUUGGACAGUAGUAAAGUUGUGUCAGAGAUUAAGACCGUCGCCAGUUCUUCCCCAGGCCCCAGCUUUAGAGGACUCUGGGAGUGAGGCAGCCUGUCUGGAUGAUGGGGAGUCUCUGCAGGAGGGGCAUGGAGAGCAACAGGACUAUCAGGAAUGGUGUGAGCCAGUUUCUGAAGCAGCACAGGACACAAAAGAGGAAUAUUUUGACACACACUCAUGUCACAGUGACACUUUCUCUGGCUUGAGUCAUGAAACUAAGGACUGCUGCAGGACACCGCUCAGCUCUGUGGGUCAUCUGGACUCACACUCACCUUCGGUUAGAAGGAGAGAUCCCUCUUCAUCAAAACUGCAUAACUCUAUCAAUCAUGCUGACAGUCUCAGUAGAACAGAGGAUAAAGAACAAUUGCAAAAGCAGACUGAAAAUAUGGGGAUGAUGUGCAUGGGAGUUGAUGGCACUGGAAUGUCUCAAGCUAAGGGUGCUUCGGAAUGUGAGGAGGUUUUCAGCAAUUUUCCAGCGGGACCUGAUAUUGAUUCUUCUUCAAGGAAUGACCAAUCCUACAUCGUAACACCCCUACUGGCAUUAGAGAACGCUGUAGAACCACAAACACUCACUGAUCCAUGUGCUAAUGACUCAUUAUUAACCUUAACAGACUGUGAUGGAGCCAAGUCUCAGUUUGCUGACACCUUUGAGGGAAGAUCAAAAUGGGAUCAAAUUAACAAAAAUAUCACAGACACUCAGUCAAGACACAUUGAGCCACGAAUACAGUUCAUAACCUCAAGUGAGAAGCAGUUACAGCAAAAUGAUAUUGACAGUAUUAACACUGAAAUACAGUUGAUUUCGAAUGCAUCUGUUGCGAAUAGUAAAGAUAACGAAUGUCGUGAGCUGGGUGUUGAUGAAAAUAAGAUCAGUUUAUCUGUAUCACGUCAACUUUCUGUAUACGAGUCUGUAUCAGUUGAGAAGCCUAUUGAACAGGAAUUUGAGGAGUCAACAAAACACAGCCAAUCACAGCCCUCAGUAGAGCACAGCAAAUCACUGCCCUCAGUAGAGCACAGCCAAUCACAGCCUUCAGUAGAGCACAGCCAAUCACAGGCAUCAACAGAACUAAUCCAAUCACAGGAUUCUGUAGAAUGCAGCCAAUCACGGAAUUCAGCAGAACACAGCCAAUUACAGGCCUCAACAAAAGACAGGCCAUCACAAGAUUUUGUUGAACACAGCCAAUCACAGAAUUCAGUAGAACUCAGGCAAUCACGAGACUCAAUAGAACACAGUCAGUCACAGGAUUCAGUAAAAUGUAGGCAAUCACAGAAUUCAGUAGAAAACAGACAACCACAAGACUCAGUAGAACAUAGUCAGCCAAAGGAUUCUGUAGAAUGCAGUCAAUCACAUGAUUCUAUAGAAUGCAGCCAAUCACUGUAUUCAGUCGAACACAGGCAAUCACAAGACUCAAUAGAACACAGCCAGUCACAGAGCUCAGAGGACAUGCCAUCCCAAAUUUUCAUCAAACACAGCCAAUCACAGACCCCAGUAGAACACACCAAAUCACAGGAUUCUGUAAAAUGCAGUCAAUCACAUAAUUCAGUAGAACACAACCAAUCACAGACCCCAGUAGAACACACCAAAUCACAGGAUUCUGUAAAAUGCAGUCAAUCACAGAAUUCAGUAGAACACAACCAAUCACAGGACUCAGUGGAACACAACCAGUCACAGAGCUCAGAAGACAUGCCAUUCCAAAAUUUCAUCAAACACAGCCAAUCACAGACCCCAGUAGAACACACCAAAUCACAGGAUUCUGUAAAAUGCAGUCAAUCACAGAAUUCAGUAGAACACAACCAAUCACAGGACUCAGUAGAACACAGCCAGUCACAGAGCUCAUUAGAAGACAUGCUAUUGCAAAAUGUAAUCAACCACAACAAAUCACAAGACCCAGUAGAAUAUACUCUGUCACUGACCUCACUACAGCACACCCAAUCACAGAAUUCUGUAGAACUUAGCCCAUCAAAUGAUUCUGUAAAAUGCAGCCAAUCACAGGAUUCAGUAGAAAACAGUCAGUCACAUACUACAUCAGAACACAUUCAGUUACAGAAGUCUAUAGAAUGUAGCCAAUCACAGAAUUCCAUACAACACAGGAAAUCACAGGAUUUAGCAGAACAAAACCAAUCACCGAACACCAUAGAGCACAGCCAAUCACAAACUCCAGUGGAACACAGCCAAUCACAAACUUCAGUGCAACACAGCCAAUCACAAACUUCAGUGGAACACAGCCAAUCACAAGUUGAUUCCAUUAAGGCAAAUUCUAUGAAUACACAGUGGACUGUGACGGAGUCAGACUCUGGUUUUAUUUCAAACACAGCUUCUCUUUAUGAAAAGGGACAAUUAAAACAGGACUGCGUGGACGUAUGCAUGAAUUGUGAAGUCAGUCAGUCCUUGAAAACAUCUGGAAGGCUUUCAUCAGAGGAUACUGACAAAGAACUCGAUUUGAACUUCGAAAAGAAUAACAGUCUAAAUUUAAAAAAGCAGAACUUAAAUGACACCCUACCUGUUAUUUCUGAAUGCGAGUCUUUUGCAGCUGAGAGAGCUUUCUCAAAUGUGCCUAACGCAACUUCUGCUGGAGUGUCAGAUUCACUGAAUCAGCAUGUGAUCAAUGACCGGACUUCAGAACUGUCAGAUCUGCAGGCCAGACCUCAUUACGGUCAACAAAAUUUCCCAGUUUUACAAAUGCACACUGAAAAAAGGGAUUACUCAGUUAGUAGUUAUCACAUGGACAUUCAUUGCUUAGAGGACAUUGUUGCAGGGGAACAUGAGCCUGAGGCAGAUUUUUAUGAAACCCAUCAGUGCCCUAAUAGCAGAAUUAACUGUAACACACAGGGUGAAUUCACUGAAGCACAAGUGUAUGUUAACACUAAAACGUUUGAUACCAAUGAUGGUGACGUUUUAGAAGGAACACAGAAGAAUAGCAAAACACAUCACAUUAUUAAAGGGUACCAGAAAGAAUGUACAAUAGUUCCCUCGAUAGAACAGUCAGUAAUUUACUCUGAUAGUUCGGGAUGCAUAGAAUACACUAGGCCUAAGUCAUUGAGUGUCACGUGUCCUGACAUGAAGACAGCUGAAGCCGAUGGGAGUCCUGUAGACAGUCCUGUCGAAUCUCUGGCUAGUCUGUUCGAGAUUUCGUAUGACAAAUCUCAAGUCAGCCCCACAGAUGUUUGCUUUGAGCUCAGUGAUGGCCUUCAUAUGAACUGUAAACAAGUAGCACAUUGCGUUAUAGAAUAUACAGAGACCUCCAAACAAUUUCACAGACCCGACACCCUGUCUGACAAACAAGCAAGACAAAACGAGUCAGUUGAAACAAUUGAGCCGGAUGUAGAUAUUUUGUCUAGUGCAUGUACUGAUCCUUUCACAAAUGCACAAUCCCCUUUUGAUUAUUCCCAGCUGAACAGUAGAAACAAUGAAUACAGCUCAGACACAAAUAAUAAUAUUAAAGCCAUUACUUUUGAAGAGUGUGCCUCAGGUGAACAGAUCUCUUUGCCCAAUUCUUUGCAAAAAUACAGCAGGUUUAGUAUCAAUGCUGGAUCUUUACUCUCAAAAGGUGGUGAUUGCAAAGACAAUGCCCCUCCUAGUCAGGCUACUCCCUUUAAAGCACCUGAAAUGAGGACUGCAAUUGACAGCAAAGAUAAUGUUGCUAAACCUUCUGAAUUCAACGAAUUCAGCAGCCAUAGAGAUGUUAUACUAAAGCAGCUUUGUGAUUGCUGUGAUGGAAAGGAGUGCCAGCUGCACUCGCCUGCAGUGGAAGGAGAGCAGACAGCAGGAGGAUUUCAGUUCAAGGGCACAGACAGCAUCAGUCAGAGCAGAACUGCAGUGUUGCAAACCUUGAGUACCUCACACACACAUGACCAAUGCAACACACAUGGAGAGGUUAAUGCAGACUCUACAAACUGUGAAUUUUCACAUAUUGGCCAUUUGCUUGCACACAAACAUCCGGAGCCCGUCCAAGAGGAAAGCACAUUACCACUGAGUGGCUCACUCAAGGUCGAUGAUACUUAUGAAUUGGAAAACAUGGAGAGAAAGCUUGAAACUUUCAUGGCUAGCUCUCCUGAAAGCACUGAUUCAAUAUGUGAAACUUCUGAUCCUCUAUGUAAGCAAUCUUUGCAACUGCGCAACUUGGAGACAGAGGGCGCAUUUGUUACAUGUUGCCGUAUUUUACCCAUCACUAAUUUAGAGGCCAUUUUGGAGUCAGACCGUUCACCGGAGAGCUCAUUUGUGAUAGAAAAUGGACUUAGGGAGCAACAGGGAGGAAGUCCAUUAUCAGAAGGUGGAUUCAGUGAGGAAUGGAACUCUUGUGAUGACGUCACAAACCGCACACAUGAAAACAUUUCUGCCAUGUGUACAAAAACCAACGUAGCCACUGUCAUGAAUGAACAAGAUGCUGGAGAAACAAUGAGCUCUUUAUCAAAUGGUUUUGAUAGCAGUGAUGGUUAUAGUGUUUCCAGUUUUGUGUCACAAGACCUUGACUCCAGUACGAACAGUGAAGAGACAGAGGACAGCACUCAGUCAUCAUCUAGUCUUCGUGGUUCUUCAAGAAAUAAGAGAACCCAAUCAGGGAAGGGCUCUGUGUUUUCAGUUUUUUCUCGAAUGCCCUCAUUCCGCAAGAUUAAACAAGAACACAAAGGCAAUAGCAAGGUUGAUCCAGAAAUUAAGGACUCCAAUGAGGAUGGAGAUGAACGGUGUGAGUUGAAGUACAAUAGGUCACCCACACUUAACAAAUCCAACCAUUCACUGUACAAGACCUCUAUUUCUCAAAGUACAGAUCAUCUAACAGCCAUUACAAAGUUUGUUGACCACUCCAAUGAUGAUAGUUUUGAAAAAGCUUUUGCUUUAAACAUGCAGAAUAGAGAGAAGUAUACACAAUCCCAAAAUUUGUAUCAGCAGCACAAAGAUGGAGAUGCAGUGAAUUUUAGAGUUUCCCCAACAACAGAGGGAUUGCAACAAAAAAGAAGCAAGAGUACCGAUAACUUAAACUUGCGCAUGAAGCUCGUAAUGGCUCACAAGUCUCUGUCUAGCCUGUUUGAGUCCAGAUAUCCUGAGAGGGACAACCAGGAGCAGAUUGCACAGUCAGAGAACGAGGAGGUAAAAAUCAAGCAGUCCUGGAGGAAGUCGAAACGGUCUAAGGAAGCAGAACUUUGCAAAAGAACUCUAUCGGUUCCUGGGAUGGUCUGUGACAAGUCCAUACAUCAGAGCCAUAUCAAUUGUGCCUUCUGUGCUCCUCAGAACAGGUCAAGACUUAAUAGCUCACCAGCUUCCCAAAAGAGUUUGAAGAGCACGUGCCAUUCUGAUUCACAGAGUUUGAAAUCUGGUCUUCAGGAACAGUCAGAAGACAGAAAAUAUCUGGAAGGAGGUGAGCUGCCUUGUGCUCCUUACUUAGAUAAUGACCAGAUCUCAGAAGAUGGCUUCGAGUCCAGUGUAGCGGAUAGGUCACAAUCACCUGUACACCAAACUGUUUUUGCACUUACAAACCAGAUGUCACCUACCUGGACCAGAUCUUUAAGCUGUUUUGAGACCACUGAUACGCCAACAAGGCCCAUGAGCCCUAAGCCUCACAGUCCUGGUCUGGGCUGGACACGCCGGAGGAGCUUCCGUUACCCCUCAAGAUCUGUUGCAUCUUCUCUCUGCUCACUCGGUCAAGGAGUGAGCACUGACGGUCUCUCCGAUCCACCUCAGAGACCGACGUCUCUGAAACCAAGGACAGCACAACUCACAACAACCCACUCUUUUGAUUGUGAGUCCUUACUAGAGGACAGCAGUUCAGACAGCCAGUCUCAAAAUAGCCUGAAUUCAGCACCCCUGAUCAACAAACCAGAGCAUGUACAGCACAGUACUGAGCCAGCCAUCCAGUCAGAAGAGAGAAGACAACAGGGAAGUGCAUGUGUGCUUCGGGUGAAGUCCAGACAGCAGGGUAAAGCUGCACCCAGACCCAUCUCAGACCUCUACGGUUGGACCGUGUCUCUUCAGGGCAUCAGGGAGGUGGCGCUUGAUCUGGAGAGGAAGAGCAAUUCGACCGAAACCCGUCGGCGUUCAUGCUCAUAUGAAACGUUGACUGAUGUGGAGAACACCCAUAAAAAGAAGCUUAACACGCGGCAAAGUUUGCGUCAGCUUAGCUCACCAACAUCUCAGAAGCACGAGAAAGUGCGCGCUAGACUUUCCCUCACUUCUCCAGAGCAGUUCCCCUCUGUUCCUCUCAAAGACCACUUCUUCUCCCAGAGCACACCUGUUGGACUGGACUUUUUGGGCUGGCCUCACCGUGCAUCAUUUUCAGAAUCGAAUCUCAGCACACCAGCACAAGAGGCAGGAGAGAGACAGGUCCUCCCUCUGGCCUUGGUGAUAACUGAUGGACCGCAGGAUAAGUCUGGCCUUGCGGAUGAGGUGGGGAGUGAAGAUGACCUGUACAAUGAGUUUCGCAGCUCCUCCAACCGAUUCGGACACCCAGGAGGAGGAGGAGAACAGCUGGCCAUAAAUGAGCUGAUCAGUGAUGGCAGCGUGUGUGCGGAGGCUCUAUGGGACCACGUCACCAUGGACGACCAGGAGCUGGGCUUCAAAGCUGGAGACGUCAUCGAAGUAGUGGACGCCACAAACAAGGAGUGGUGGUGGGGCCGGGUGCUGGAUAGUGAGGGCUGGUUCCCCGCCAGCUUUGUUCGGUUACGGGUGAACCAAGAUGAGCCCAUGGAGGAAUACUUAGCCCAUCUGGACGGGGCCUCGGAGGGGGGUGGGGCCAGCAUGGGGGGCCCCUUAGGGCCCAGUCUGCCCUGCAAGGAGCAGAUGAGAGCCAACGUCAUCAAUGAGAUCAUGAGCACAGAGAGGGAUUACAUCAAACACCUGAAGGACAUCUGUGAGGGCUAUAUAAAACAGUGUCGGAAGAGGACAGAUAUGUUUACUGAGGAGCAACUGCGCACUAUCUUUGGGAACAUCGAUGAGCUCUACCGUUUCCAGAAGAAGUUUCUCAAAGCCUUGGAGAAGAAAUUCAACAAAGACCAUCCUCACCUCAGCGAGAUUGGCUCCUGCUUCUUAGAGCACCAAACAAACUUCCAGAUCUACUCUGAGUAUUGCAACAACCACCCCAAUGCCUGCGUGCAGCUCUCCAAA